AUGAAAGAAUUUAAUUAUCAUUUACCAUCUUGUAAAUUGCAAACCUCUUUUGGAGGAGGAUUACAAGAUCAAGUGUUAGUUCAAUUACAAGCUGUAUGUUCAGUGCCGUCAUCAUCAUCAUCACUCUCUGAGUCAGAAAAGAAUGAAUUAAUUUCAAACACCGAAUCCGACACAACAAGAAUCACUCGUUUUCAUGUUGGUAAUCGUUAUAGUGAAAGUGCUGUCUAUGGCAACGUUCUCUACAUUAGUGGACAAGUUCCCGAUGAUGAUGGAAAGAAGGAUAUUGAAGGUCAAACUGAGGAAGUACUUGCAGCAUUGGAUCAACGAUUGAAGGAAGCAGGAACCGAUAAGACCAAACUAUUGAUGGUUCAAAUCUUUCUUGCGUCCAUGUCUGAUUUUGAUGGCAUGAAUAAGGUGUGGGAUCAGUGGGUUCCUAAAGGUCAUGCACCACCACGAGCAACUGUGGAGGCCAAAUUAGCACGCUCAUAUUGGAGAAUUGAAAUUGUUGCCACUGCAGCGUUGUAA